AUUCAUAAUAUCGAUCGUAUGUUAUCAAGAAAAGUUACAAAAAUAUGUUUUCAUAAGAUUAUUAUGUGAUACAUAAGACUUUUAUGAUAUUCAUAACAUUACAAUAUGAAUUACAUACGUCAUUCGUUCCGAAUUCAUACGAGCAUCUUAUGAUCGGCAUAAGCUAUUACGCAAGAGAAUAUGCAGAACACUUUCUUGUGAAAAAAUCGAAGAUGGCGCAGCGUUUUUUGGAGGAAAGCGUGUUGAUAGAAAAUUUUCUCGAGGAGGCGUCAACAGCUAGUUUGAAUCUUUUGAAAGGUAAGCAAUUACCAAAAGCAAAUAAAAUCUAUAGAUAAUUGCAAAGAUAAUUAAUAAGCUUUCAAUUUCAGAGGUCGGAAUUGGCACUGUAGAACUGAUAACUAUUGGCAAGACAGAGUUUUUCGCAGCACUUGCAAAAAUAGCUACAUAUUCAGACAUCAUCCAGUUGUGGAAUUGGGUUGAAAACUGGCGUCAAAGAAAUGUAAGUUUUAUUAAAAAUUGUUUAAUAGACGCACGUAGUUUAUUAUCGCAGUCAAACAAGCAUAAAAAGGUAUUGCUAUUUGAAAUGGGUUACCAUUUAUCUACCGUAACCGAAGCAACAUUCAUACAGUAACAGUUACUGAACAUGUCCAGAGUGAUAUGAUCUAAAAUAUAAAACGUCAUAGCACCAAUAAUUAAACAACAAUUCACAUAUUUACAGCAACUAGAAAACGUGUCUGCGAUUAACGUGGAUCCCACGUUUCCCAAUUCUGUCACACAAUCGGUAGUAGCACAUAUUCAUGAUAAUGUGACGGAUUCGAACCAGACUGCAUAUAGCUUCAAACAAGAUGUGAGCUCAGUUACGGACAUCGGAACGCAGUCAGAAACUGGAACCCGAAUCGUUGCUCCCGAGCAUACUCACUGCGCGACUGCGCAAAAGAUUUAAAAAAAAGAAGUUCUUGAACAUUCAAAUCUUCGAGAACCGACUACUUGCAAGGUAAUUUCAAUGAUUCCUAACAACGUAGCGUCGUUCUUAUUAGUAGCCUUGUAGUAUUCUAAUAAUAAUUGUGUAAUGUCAACAGCAACCAACACUUUCACUCCCGAACGAUCAAGUUUUUAACGCAGAAACCAAAGUGCAAGCUAACGGUUCAACGCUUUCUCAAACUGCAGAAUCGCACGAGGAUACGGAAGAAGAAUGUGAACAGUUUGAACAUAAAAAUCACAACUUGACAAAUAACGCAGGACCGCAUCCGCUAUCAUUCCUUACACCAGACGCUUUGGAAAACCUGCUGGUACAGACGGUUUACGGAAAGCAAUUGCUACAGCAUGCUAAAACGCAUACACUUUCAGUUUCCGGGAGAAAAUUUGUAGUUGAUACCGUUGCCCGUCACCAUCUUUCUUACAACCGCAAAGCUUCUGCAGAAGUGAUUCGUGAGUACAGCGUUGUGAUUACUGCGCUUUUCCAAAAAGAAUCGAAGGUAAUUUUUACAAUAGAUUUUUCGCAAUACUAUAAUUAUAAUAAACAUCAACUAAGUUUUGGUUAUAUUGAUGACAUUUUAAAAAUACCAAUAGGACAUUUAUUUCAUACCGAGAAGAAGCGGUAAUCCUGGAGGAAAAUUAUAUAGUCGUAUAAACUAUAUCAAACAAUCAGAGCGUAAACGUGAUCGUGAGGAAGUGGAAAACGUGUCAACUGGGUUGAACGUCAACGUGCUACCGAUCGUUGUAGAAAACGCACUUUCCUGGCUAGAAUUGAAUAAUUUUCCCUGGACCAGUGUGCUGACUCAGUGGGAAAUAAGUUUUCCAGGCAGAAAGCAGUCGCUACGGAAGUUUUGCAAGUCCUCGAAGUUAAUAGCUAGCUAUCCACAUUUGAGCGAGGCUUACGGCUACCAAUUGUUGGAUAUUGAUUACCGAUUGUUGUGUCUUGGAGAUCCGAGCGAAGGAUGUAAAUGUUGGACUGACUUGUUUAAACCAAUAGCAAAGUACGUUGCUAAACACGCUAGAGAUCCAUCGUCAAAGGACUUAAUUCAUUCACUCGAAAAUGAGGAGUUGUCAACAAAUUCUCGAUUGUUGUGCAUUCUUCUGGCGCUGAAUACAGUGUUGGUUCCGGUUAAAGCAGCGCAGGGAUUCAAACCAACGGUGGCCACCGCGCAAUCUGAUACGUUUCUGCUGGUGGUCAGCCGAGAAAAAGCACUAGAGGAAAUACAAAAGUCACUUUUGGUAUAUGAAGAACAGCGAGUUCCAAUUCCACCAAAACUCGUAGUCCUGGGAGAAAAUCUGUCCUCAGUAACGGGAGAGUGUCUUGUUCUAUAUAAGAACAUCGAAUAUAAAUUACCCAGCAUCGCGCGAGGUAUUGACGUGUUAGUAAAACUACUGAUUGUGCUAGGGUUGCCUGCCUCUAAACUGUCUAAGUUGGUAUGGUUGUUCAUUAUCAAAUAUGUUUACCGAGUUGAGCCUGAUAACGGUGGUUACUUAUGCUUAAGCAAACUGAUCGAAUUCCUAAAUAAUCAGCCAUGAUGAUUACAUGUUGUAUUGAAGAAUGCACACGAUUAUUUCAAACUGCAGAUGAAUUGUUGGAGCAUGUUAAGAAAAUUCAUAGACCCCCAGCAGAAUUUCUUUAUAAAUGCACAUUUCCUGGAUGCAUUCAAAUUUUUUCUAAAAUUUAUGGAUUUAAAAGGCAUUUGAAAAACCAUUCUUUUGGAGUGUUUGAUAAUGUGCUGGCAAACGAAAAUAUAGAAAACGAUGAAGCCUUAAUAAGUGUUCCUCCUAAAACAAAGAAAACACAGCCGAAUACAAUAAACACUCUAAACAAUUUUAAGUUCGAACAAAAUUUAAUAAACAUACAAAAAUCUGCAGUUGAGUUUACAUUAAAUAUGCACAAAAGACCAAAUUUUUCAAGACGUGAUGUGAAAGAUAUACAAGACGCAACAAAAAAGCAUUAUAUAAAAACAGUAGAAAAUAUCGAAGCUCUGCCUAUAAUUAUCGAGAAUCCUGAAGUCAAAUACCAAUUCGAGAAAUAUCUAACUCAAUUAAAAACCAGUUUCGACUUCAUUGACACAGAAUAUAAACUAUUUGAACAUCUCCAGAAUCUUGGUAUUUUACGGCUUCCAAAAAUACUAACUUUGGAGAACAACGAAUUGAAGCAAACCACAACAAUUGAAUUUCGAAAAUCUUGUAUAGUAUUAAAUCCAAUAGAGUAUCAAGUUCGAUCAUUUUUUGAAACAGACGGUAUACUAGAAAAAACUAUCGAGCAUACAAAAGCAUUAGAAAAAUCAACACAUAUCGAGCAUUUCGUGAAUGGGGAAGUUUGGAAAACUAUAAAAGCGAAAUAUGAACAAGAUAAGUCAAGUUAUGUUAUACCUCUGUGGUUAUAUGCUGAUGCGUUCGAAGUGAAUGACCCACAGAGUUCUCAUAGUAAGAUAGAUGUUGUUUGUGGAAUAUACUACAAUUUUCCAACUAUCCCUGAUCAAUACAAAUCACGUUUGUGCAAUAUAUUUGUCGCAGGAGCUAUCAGAAAAGUUGUUAUAAACAGGACAGGCGUAAAUAGGCUGGUUGAAGAAUUGAUUUUACCAUUUAAGAAACUCGAGGAAGAAGGUGUGAUUUUGCAGUUGGGGUCGGAACAUGUUAAGGUACGAUUUAUAUUCAGUUUGUUUCAAGGCGAUAAUCUCGGAGUUCACUCUUUGCUGUCGUUAUCCAAUGGGUUCAACGCAAGUUAUUAUUGUCGAUUUUGCCGCAGACAUAAAGUACAACUACAGAGGGACUGUGAGGAACAUCACAAUUUCUUGAGAAAUGUUCAAAAUUACGACGAAGAUGUUGCAAUUGGUAGGCAUUCAGAGACAGGUAUAGCUGGUAUAUCGGCAUUCAAUCAGCUACCUUCUUUCCACGUUAUUGGAAACCCCAGCGUGGACGCUAUGCAUGAUUUGUUCAGUAAUGGAUUUUGUAGAUACGGUCUUCUUGCAGCACUAACUUAUUUCAUUUUCAAAAAAAAAUUUUUGACCGUUAAACAACUUAAUACAAGAAAACAUUUAAUAAGUAAAGUAUCAGUUGGAAAUAAUUUACGCCGCAUGCCUGACUUUGAAGAAGUGUUCGAUAAAAAGCUAAAAGGAAAAACAGUUACCGUAAGAUCAACUUCUGCCGAGAUGAGAGCAUUCUGUGGAAUUUUUACAUUCCUUGUAGGGCCUUUCAUUCCAAGCGAAGAUCCAUGUUGGAACUAUUGUAAGAACUUGGUCCGGACUGUUGAUCUAAUUCUGGCAAAAUCAUUUAGUGACAACAGUUUAGAUGAAUUGAGCGCCAUGGUGAAAUCACACCAUCAUCAAUAUCAGGAGAUUUUUAACUAUCAUUUGAAGCCCAAACAACAUUUUCUUCUACAUUAUCCAACAGUGAUCAGGCAAAGUGGACCAGUAGUACAUAUGAUGUGCUUCAGAAACGAGGCAAAACAUCAAAACUUCAAAGAAUAUGCACAUGUAACAUCGUCGCGUAUAAACAUAUCAUAUACAUUGUGCAUGAAAUCAUGCUUGCAAUUUAGCCACAGUCUGUAUCACAAAUCAUUUUUCAAUUCCGAAUCAGAAGGAAUUUUUGCUGAGCAAACAAUCAAAUCACGUCCCUAUCAUUCGAAAUUGAAAUCUACUUGUCCAUUCAAAGAAAAUGAAAUAGUUAGCUUUGCACACUCCAUCAAAUUUAAUGGUGAAGAAUUUAGUAUAGGCCAAUUUGUAACCAGAACUGUAAAUUCUACCAUGGAGUUAUUGGAGAUAGAAGAAUUUGUAAAAUACCGUGAGAUGCUGUAUAUCAUUUGUAGGAAUUGGAAAUUAGGAGAGUUUGUAGAACACUUUUUAGCGUUCGAAGCAAUGGAAAGAUGCGAGGAUAUGCGUGUUAUAAAAAUGUCAGCAAUUGUUGGUAUACCAUUCAGUUUAUAUGAAAUUAAUAAUAAGUUUUUAUUUAGAGCAAUAGUCAUUACAUAGAACUUGUCGAUUAUAAGAGCAAUAAAUAUUUGUGAGCAAAUGGAAUAAGAGAAAGUACUGUUAUUUAUUAAAUUAAAGAAAAUGCAUUUCGUCGUCAUUAUGGAAAUAAUCCUAUGAAUGAAACCGUUAGAUACGGUACAUGAUAACUGGGACAAAAAAUGUGAAAACGCUAAUGGAAGUCACGUUUGCAUUAAAUCGUUCUGAUA